AACUUGCUUUUUCUCUUGCCAUUUCCCUCGACUAAGAUAGAACAUGCGGCUCACACCAAAAGGAUAAGAACGAAAUAUGCAUUCUAAGUGAAACCGUGGCGAGCAUAGUAACAGAAAGGAGCAGAAAGGAGCAUCUCAAUGGCACUAUCUUCUUCCCAUUGCCUAGGAAAUUUACCACGUCAAUCUAAACUAAACCUGAACAUUUCCAACAAGCCAAAACGUUCUUAUUCCUACCAAAUUAUUAUUGCAUACAAGAAAGCGCCCAAGACUCGUCAGAUUGUAUUGACGGAGGAUGUCUCUAAUGUGGGUCAAAAAGGAGAGUUAGUGAAAGUGAAAGCAGGAUUCUACCGUAAUUAUCUGUCUCCUCGUGGUCAAGCCAAUUUGGCUACUCCGAAAUAUCUCAAGGAAAUCAGACUGGAACAAGAAAGGAAGGAAGCUGAGAAGAAACGGGUCAGGGAAGAGUUGGAAUCCCUUGCAUUAAUGCUGGAAGCUGCAGGAGCUUUUAAGGUGAAGCGUAAGACUGUAGGAAAGGGUAAACAAAUAUUUGGACGUGUAUCUGAGCAAGAUCUAUCAGAUAUUAUCAAGGCACAACUGCAGAGGAAUAUAGACAAGCGUAUUAUUACCAUUCCUGAGAUCCGUGAACUUGGCCAAUAUGUUGCAGAGAUUAAACUACACCCUGAAGUUACAGCUCGAGUACAGAUAAAUGUGAUAAGCUAACUGAUCAAAUGGUCAAUUUUUUUGAAAUUUUACUAUCCUGAAUUUUAUGAAACCGUGUGAGCUCUUUCUUGGCAAUGAGAAUUCAAACUGUAUAUUCAUUUUUGUAUUGUCAAAAAUGAUAAAAUUGUCUAAGAUAUCCAAAAGGCAAUGUUUCCUCA